UAUAAGGAACAGUUCGGCAUUGUUUAAGAAUUGGCGAUUACCGCACGAUUAACAAAAACGAUAAGGGCGCGGUGUCAUAUUGUCCACUAUACUUCAAGAGGAAUAUCUCCUCCAUAUUUCUGGUGCCUGGGUAGAACUGAUCGACCGAAAUGGAUAAACUUGUCAAAAAAGAGAAAACCAACGUAAUCCUUGCACAAACAUGUUAAUCUCGGGACAUUUUUGCAAAUAUGUACGAUUUCACCGACCAAUUUUUCUCCCACUCGAACAUAUUACUCAUCAAAGAAUUAGAUUGUCCACUGACGGACGUGAGGGUGGAGUUUUUUGACGGCUGUUGAGUUUCCGAGGAGACAACUUGGGUCGAAGCACGUGAAGGCACGUCUAACCCCUCUGUGAUAACCGGAAACCCCUCUCUGUCUUGCUGAUAAGAAUUACUCCACAGUUCAAUGAUAGAUAAAUAGGCUCAAGCAAGUACACGCUUCUAUUGUGAUAUAUUCUUGAAGAUAUUCUACCAUUACUUAUUUUUUCUACUUAAAAGCUGGGAAUAAGCAUAUUAUUUUCGGAAUUUAAAAGGAACCAAUGUGAUUCCGUGAAAUAUUCUUCCAUAAAUUAAAAAAAAACUUUCCGAGUUUUCCAACCAAAAACUUUUUUGCGAGGACGUUUUUUUUCAUUGAAAUAUGGACCACGUGGUGUUGGGUUUGCUGGUCCUCUGUACUUUGCUGGUGUCCGUUAGCGGACACGGUCGUCUCUUGGACCCACCCUCCAGGUCCAGUAUGUGGAGAUUCGGACUCAGCUCCGCCGUCAACUAUAACGACAACCAACUGUCCUGCGGAGGGUUCGCGAACCAAUGGAUGUACCAUCAAGGAAAAUGCGGCGUGUGUGGCGACCCCUAUCAGGGACCACGUGACAACGAGGCUGGAGGGAGGUUCGCCAAGGGGAUAAUCGGGCGCCGUUACGUGGAGGGACAGACGAUCGACCUAGUGAUAGAGGUUACGGCCCUUCACUUCGGGUUCUUCGAGUUCCGUAUUUGUCCGAACAACAAUGUUUCCAGUCCGGUGUCCCAGGCUUGUCUGGAUCAACAUCUGCUGGUCCUUAGCGACGGCAAAACACAGUACGCAGAAGUGACAGCUACUGGCAGGUACUUGCUUGAAGCGCAACUUCCGCAAGGUCUGACAUGCUCACAGUGCGUGAUACAAUGGAAAUGGCACACAGGCAACAAUUUCGGUUUUGGACCUGACGGACGCAGUUGCAAAGGCUGUGGCCCACAGGAAGAAUUCUACGGAUGUGCUGACGUCACAAUCAUCUCCAAGACGACCUCUCUCCCUCAGGUACAGACGUCGCUCCCCCCAAACACACCGAGACCAGUAGUAAUCACAAGACCAACAGAAACUCAGCCACCACCGGUCACCGCGAAACCAACCACAACCACAACCACCACAACCACUCCCGUUCCUACGACAACAGAAACAGUUAUGACGUCAUCAGUGAAGCCAACUUCUGGUUCCGGUUGUCGCGCCAUUAAUUUGUGGGCGGGGAAUCCCACUUUGGAUAAGUGGUGCAUCUCCAACUGUGCUAAAGGAAAUUGUCCAUCGUCCGCUUGUGCUUGUUCAUAAACAAUUUUUGUCGUUUUGUAUCUUCAAAGUUUUAUGCUAAAAAAUUGAUGUCUAGUUUCAUUUAUUUAUAGAGGACUUUAAAAUCAAGACUUUUUGGAGAGGCCAAUUUUUCUAAUAAAUUUUGUACAAUGUACACAUUCAUUUAUUAUACAAAGCUGUGUGAUUUGAUUCAUUUUGUUCAAUUGUACUAAACUUAACAUAUUAAAAUUAAAUCAAAAAUA